AUGAUAAAAUUUGAAAGUGUACCUUACCUCUACAUCUACGGAUGGAUCUAUGUCUGAAAAUAAUGGUCCUAAAGUUAUCUAGCAAAAGGAAGUUGUCUGUCUCUUAAGUUUCUCAUGGAAAAGUAGGGGCCGUAAUGGACCCAAAUCCGAUCUGGGCAUGGGUCCAAGAAUUGGACCCCGUGGGUUAGUUCCAAGUUCAAAUAUUGGACCGAAAUACUAUUCGGGUCAAGUAGGAUCCGAUCCAAGUAUGGCCGGUCGAACUUGACCCGAUCCGUUGAUUUAACCGCCAGGGAAAAGAUAAGUUGGCACGACGGGAAACGCAAACCUACGACAAGGCGCGCGAAGAAAAGCGAGGGCUGCCGGGGUAUUUUGAGAAAGGGAACAGAGAAAUCAGAACUGUCAAGAGCGAUUGAAUCGACGGUUUAAAAGGCAGGACCCCGCCAAAAUUCAAAAGGCGGGAAGGCAGGCGGAACUGAAAAAGCCAAGAAAAAGGAAAUAGAAAACACAUUUUCACGUCCUUUCCCUCCAAAAUCGACACACGAUUCAAGGACUUCUCUUUCUCUCUCUUAAAAUUUUCGCUAUUUGGAUUCAGUCUCUAUUUCCCCAUUAUUCCAAUUUUUCCUGAUUCUACAUUCUCUCUCCACAAUUUUUCCUUAUUCCACAUUCUCUCUCUAAAAUUGUUCCAUAUUCUACUACAUAAAAUUGCUCCUUGAUUUACAUUCUCUCUCUAAAAUUCUUCCACAAUUUCCCUAUAUUAUCUCUCUAAAAUCGUUCGUUAUUGUACACUCUCUCCACAGUGCUCCUCAGUUUCUCUCUCUCUAGAACGUGGCGGGAACGCAAAAGGCACAAAAAACUCAAAAUCGACAUUUUCACGUCCUUUGCCUCCAAACCGAAAACCCAAAUCGAGGCGCCCUUUCUCCCUGUUAAUACCCCCUUCAUCGCUUAGAAGCUCUCUGUCUCUAAAAUCAUUCCCUCUCUUACCAUCUGUCUCUCUCACUAGUGUCCUCACCAUUUCUCUACAAUCCUUCCCUUUUCUACUCUCUCUCUCUCUAGAAUGGCAGGAGCAUCUGCAAAACCAAACCCAAAGACUCGAAAGAGGGUCGAUGCGGAUACUGGUUCUCUUAAGCGAGCAAGAGAUGGAAGCGCCUUCAUGAAAUGUGAGGCAUGCAAAAAAGAUGUUGCUGUUGCUCUUGUUGACAUGCACAGCUGUAGCUUGGAUGCAAAGAUCAAAAUGACAUUUGAGUCUCAGAUUGAAGAGAGAGUGACUGAGAUAAAAAAACCAGUAGAAAAAUCGAAGUCUAGUGGGAGUAAGAAAACAUCUAAAGUUACAACUGAGAGGGCGAAGACUGGUACGAAAGGGAAGAAAGAGAGAGAUCCUAACAUGCCAAAGCGCCCUCCUACUGCUUUCUUUGUUUUCAUGGACGAGUUUAGGAAGACUUUCAAAGAGGAAAACCCUGAAGAAGCUAAGAGUGUCUCAAAGGUUGCAAAGGAAGGGGGUGAGAAAUGGAAGUCGUUAUCAGAUGAGGAAAAGAAGCCAUAUCUUGAAAAAGCAGCAGAAUUAAAAGCAGAAUACGAGAAAGCAAUGGAGAAAUUCAAUGAUUCCUCCAAAGAAGCCAAUGAAGAAGAGGAGGGUUCUGUCAAUGAAGAAGAGUGAGAAGCUGCCAUAUUUGGAGGUUUAAUUGCCAAGGCUUAAUGGCCUUUGUUGAGCUGCACUUUUAAUGGGGUUGGUUUUCCCCCACCUUAAUAGCCGUGCCAUAGAAAAAGAAUGCAGCAAAUUUUGUAAAUGGGAGAAAGAAUUUGAUCGGGUUUAAUUGUAUUUCCUUCACUAAAACUAGAAUGGCAUCUAUAUAUGUCUCUAUUCUCUUUAUUCAAGCUCUGAAAGUAAUAUUCUUUCUA